UCAGGAUGUCAUUCCGGCCAAUGUUCCAGCAGCGAGCUGUUGCUCCAAUCGCAGCCACCCUUCUGGCUGGAGGCGUAGCCCUGUAUCCCAGGCGGACCGCAUACGCCGAAGAGCCUCUGGACAACACAAACUCCCCUUCUUCCUCCUCCUCGCCUACCCCGACCGACAUCCUGACGGCCCAAGUCCGCCAGGCCCGUCUCUUCCUCUACAACCACUCCCUCGCCGCCGAGAACAGCUUCAACGACUUCCUCUCCCGCGCCCUGCACAUCGAGAACGCCUUCACCAACACCGUCGCCUCGCUGGCCCCCUCGCCCGAAUCUGGCGAGCGCCUCCUCCCCGGCGGCGUCUACGUCGUCGUCGCUGCCAUGGCUGGCUCCAUCGUCUCCCGGAACCGUGGCAUCUUCCUCCGCUCACUCUCGCCGCUGGCCUUUGGUACUGUCGCUGCGUGGACCUUGCUUCCGGUGACGAUGCGCAAUGUCUCCGACUUGGUAUGGGAGUAUGAGAAGAAGGUACCUGUCGUGGCUGAGCAGCAUCUGGCUCUCCGUGAGAGGGCGGAGUACCUGUGGUACACAGGUGUGGCGCACAGCGGCAUGGCCCGGCAGAUGAUGGAGGAGAAGAUCGGAGAGACGAGGAAGAAGUUGGAGGAGUUGGUGAGCAAGGGACAUUAACCUCUGUACUUUAUUGUUUCUCCUUGGCAACGAUCAGCUUGCCUGUGCUGUAUACGGGCUGAGGGUGCUCACAACCCUCAUUGCAUUGUACUCUUAGCCGUCUCUAGAUCUGAAAGAUUCGCGGUUCUGUUUUCUGUCAUUGCACAGAUCUUGUUAAUUACUAGCCGGAUG